AUGGCUUUACAGAAACAUGUUCCAAUAUUGGUGCUACUGCUGAUUUUUUGGUCUAGCUCUUCGAACGCUUAUCAAUUCGACAUUGGAGGCAUAGAUGGUUGGAUUUUCAACCCUCUUGAACCUUACAAUCAAUGGGCUCAACAAAUGAGAUUUCAAGUGAAUGACACUCUUUUGUUUAAGUAUAAUAAAGGAUCAGAUUCAGUGUUGGAAGUAAAUAAAGAUGAUUAUGAUAAGUGCAACACAGAAAAUCCAAUCAAGAAAAUGGAAGAUGGAAACUCUGUUUUCAAAUUUGAUCGUUCGGGUCCUUUUUAUUUUAUUAGUAGUAAUAAGGGUAAGUGUAAAGAAGGACAAAAGAUGGCUAUUGUUGUUCUAGCUGUUAGACCACAACCUCCUUCUCCGGCUCCAGAGGCUCAUGAAGGAUCAUCCACACACGUUUCACCGUCACCAAAAGGGGAUCCGAGUUCUGAUUCUCCUACGGGUAAAACCACGGUAGCAUCUCCCAUGGCCCAUGCACCUGAAAAGGCUCAAAAAGGGGUGUCACUUGUCCCUACAGGUUCUCACUCAUCGACUACGGGCCAUGCACCAGGAAAGGCGCCAACACCGUUGCAUGUGCCUCGAGGAAUUAGCUUACACCCACCUCUAACGACUCAUUCUCCAGGGGUGGCUCCAACAUUGGCACCGCCUGUUCCAACUAGUUCUCACUCAUCUCCAGCAUCCAGUGCACCCGAAAAGGCCCCAUCACCAGAAUCGUCUCAUGUGCCUUCUGGUUCCCAUUUAGCUCCGACGGCUCAUGUGCCUACAAAGGCUCCCAUGCCGACAUCGUCGCAUGUGUCACAUUUAUCUCCUAAGGCUCAUGCACCAGGAAAGGUUCCAAGUGGUGUGUCCAUUGCCCCUGCUGGCUCCCACUUAUCUCCAGCAGCACAUGCACCCGAAAAGGCUCAAACACCUGCAUUGUCGCAUGUGUCCCAAAGUCCAAGUUCACACCAAUCUCGAGCAGCUCAUGCACCAGCCAAGACUCCAAUUGGGGCGUCACCAGUUCCUGCUAGCUCCCACGCAUCUCCAAUUGCUCAUGCACCUGGUAAGGCGCCAAAACCGUCAUCACUGAAUCUGCCUCGAGCUCAUGCACCUGGAAAAGCUCCAACCGCAGCGUCACCUGCUGGAUCCCACCCAUCUCCAACUAACCAUGCACCUGAAAAGGCGCCAACACCCAUAUCCAGUGUUCCUCGAGGUACUAGUUCACACCCACCUUCAACAGCUCAUGCACCAGAAAAGGCUUCAUCAGAGUUGUCACAUGCGCCUGCUGGUUCACCCUCAUCUCCAACAGGCCAUGCACCCGUAAAGGCUCCAACACCUGUAUCCAAUAUUCCUCGAGGUACUGGCUCAAAUGCACCUUCUACGGCUCAUGCACCAGAAAAGGCUCCAUCCAAGUCGUCACAUGCGCCUGCUGGUUCUCGCUCAUCUUCCCAUGCACCCGUAAAGGCGCCAACACCUUCAUCCUCACAUGUUCCUGCUAGUCCUAGCUCACACCUAACCCCGAAUGCUCAUGCACCCGAAAAGGCUCCAUCGCCCACAACUUUCAAGAAAUCCCCUAGUUCUAGUUCACACCUAUCUCCAACAUCUCAUGAACCCUCAACAACGUCAGACGUACCUUCUCUUUCACCAACAAAAGGCAAACCGUCCAACGAAUCUUCUUCAGUUUCAUCUCCCACGUCAUCAAGCACACCAAGAUCAGCAACGAGUUCUCCGACGGAAAGUAUUUCUCCAGCCACCGGCGGAAAUAUUCCGGCAGACAUUGAUUCACCAGCUAGCUCACCAAUCAAUUCUCAAUCAUCAGCAGAGAAGGCAAAUACUCCUUCAGUUGUUGUGAUGUCAACAAUGUCACUCCUCUUGACUCUGGUUUUGGGAGGAUUUGUUAUUUCACCUUAG